GUGGAAAAUGGACAAUAGCUUCAAUGAAUUCUUUACUGAAUGAGACUAGAGAACAACGUUACCAGUGGAUUAUUACUGAUUGUCCUCCUGUUGAAGUCAUUUUUGAUGAGUUUCCUUGCCUUAAGGAUCCACAAAUAUUAAAAAAUGAAUUCAAUAACCUUACUGGCUCUACUUCAUCUAAACUUUUCAUUAAUUGUCAACGUCUUCUGCAAUAUGCUUCUAAAGAAACUAAAAGAGAAGUAAAGAAAUUAAUGAAAAGUUACCUAAUGUUGCAACAACCAACUGAUGAUCAAAUGAUGACUUAUGCAAUAUCAGUUGCUACGCUACUUGCUACAGCUAGAGGAAAAUCUAGGCCACUCUUAUUUAUGACUAUCCAGGGUGAGAACAUUGAUAUGGAUGAAGCAUUAUGCAAGAUACAACAUAGCCAUCCCCAUAUACUUGGCUUUGGUAGUGAUCUUUCUAAUAAUUAUGGUGGAGUUUAGAGUGGUCAUUGAGAAAAAAAAUAUUAUCACAUUGCCAAGCCUUCUGGCCUCUUUAGAGUAUUGCCUUCAAGCAUACUAUGUUUUCAACAUUAAAUAUGAUGUCACUUCUCGUCCACUGUGCUAUUUACUUGAAUUUUUGUAUGGAAUGACACUUUCUGCCACAGCACCACUUGUUAUACACCCUGUCAUCGAGGGACUUAUGUGAUUGACUACCAUAUAGUAUUGUUUAGUGCUCAUCUAUCAUUAUUAUUCAUUUAUCUCCAUUUGUCAAUAAUAUAGUUUUGACAUGAUUAUUGUAUCAUA